CUGAUGUCUGAGUCUGGUCUUCUCACAUAUUCAAUUCAGUACGGAGUAGUGGCUCGUUCGCUUCCGCUCAGCGGCAAAGUUCUCAAGGGGUACCUCGAUGCUGCCGGAACAGGAUUGGGUAUAGGGAACCCCAAUGUUGAAUUUACACCCAAUGUCUCUGUCUGCCGUCUCACUUCUGAUGGUGGAACUGCCAGGGCUUUCUGGGGAAAACGUAACGGGGAAGUGGCAGUGACGACGGCUGCUCGAGUCAUGGAUCCUGGGCGUGCAUCUUCAAGGCUUGUUAGAUGCAAAGUCGAAGAUCAGCAUGACGGUGCUGUGAAUGAGAUUGCAUUGGAUCCUCUUGUCAACCGAUUUGUUUCCGGGGGUGCCGACGGGCAAGUCAAGUUAUGGGAUAUUAAGACGGUUACGUGCUUGUGGUCUAGUGACAAGGAGCUUCAGUCACUUGUGGCUGUCCCAUUCCUUAUGGUAUCCUCCGCUCUUGCAGACGGUAUCAUAGCAGGUGUUUUGAGUAGCGGAGACAUCCUCUUGUGGACAUCGUCUGGACAAGUGAACUCGGACGACUUUUCCAGCCUGGCAUCGUUUGCACAACAUCGCAUCGUGUCGCCCAUUUUCAAGGGACAAUCAUCUCCCCAUGAUACGUUCAUACCUCAACCUCAGCCAACUGUGCUAUGUGUCCAUCGUCACUCACAGACAAAGACAGCACUACUCAUCGGGUACUCCGAUCACACGUUCUUCUACCGUGUCGUAGUUGACCUUACAACGGGCAAAUACGAAACUACCACAUUUGGUGAUAUCUCAUUCGGAUACAACUCCAUCAUCGAACCUAUCUUUGCAGCUCAGCCAGAUGAUUGCAAUUUCAUCGUCACUGGUGAUGUGCAAGGUUUCAUUGGCAUUUACGACUGGGACACCACGCAAACAUCUUCUUCUGUCGCACCUGCCUGCAGAUUUGAGGCUCACGAAGAUGAUGCUGUGACUGCGCUUGCUUGGAGCUCGGUUGUUCUUGCCACAGGCUCUGCACGCGGGACAACGACCGUAUGGGACGCGCUCACCCUAGAACCUCUUAGGAUUUUUUCGUCCCCAGUCCCCCGUGCUGCACCGGGUCGUGAAUUUGGAGGUGUCAGAAAAAUUGUGAUCGAACAGGAACUUUUGAUCAUCAUUGCUGACAAUAGGGUGAUGUCGUGGAAGGUGGGGCAAGUACACCACCGUAAUUCUCCGCACAAAAGCAAACCUCCUCGUUCGAAUAAAUACUCAAUUCCCAAAGGACAACAACGAUACGAUUUGCACAAAGUUAUCAACGAAUCCAAACGUGAGCUAGAACAAGAAAAUGCUUGUAAGCAACGUACGAUGGGGCAAAAAAGCAAGCAACUUUCCGCUCUAAAUAUGCUUGGACUGUCGGAGUCAGAGGCAGUAGAAUAUGUCUUGAUGCUCUCCCGCGAGGAAGAGGAGCAUCGCCGACUUUCCCGUACCAUCGAUGAAGGUGUCUUCGAGGGUGACUUUGAAGACGAAACACUAUUGUCAGUUGCUUCAACUUCUUCAACAGUGUAUGGUUCUGCAUUACCUGCAUCGAACCAGUCUUUCCCGAGUUUCCGCUAUGACCGUCAUUCUCGUACCUAUCCACGUGCCACCCGUCCCGCGACGAAUGAGAAAGUACAAGUGUCUCCUGUCUUCAUCCCGGAACCUAUGGAAGCCGGCGUCACCAUAAGCCCACUCAGGAUACCUACGUCCCUGCCAGGUGCUUUGACGGGUACAAGGUCUUUGCCGGAAGUGACUCACUCCUUGUCGUCCUCUUUCGAACACUUUCCCUCGAUCAGCUCUAGCAUUUCCUCAUCGACCAGCAGCUUAGAGCACGUUCGUUCGGCAUGGAGUAUACCCCUACGCUCGCCGGGUUCAUCUCCACAUGCUGCCACACCUAUCUUCCGCACGUCUUCCGCAAGCAUGGAUAACCAUGUUAGACGGUCUGAAGAAGAGCUCCGGGUCCUUGAUUUAGAUGAGGAUUUGAGAUUUGCGAUUGAGUUGAGUCUUGCGGAAGCGCGUAGUCGAGGCGAGGUUUGA